AUGGCUGAAAACGCCCCACCCACCACUUCUUCCACUCUCCCUCCCCCUCCCCAACCCUCUGCAGGUGCCCCAGGUCAACAGCAGCAGCAACAACAGCAAUUCGAUGGGUCCCAGGGCAGCAACAACAGUCAGGGUGGCAAUCCCUCCCACAUGCCUCCUCCACCUCUUGCUCCAGUCGUCAUCCCUCAGAACACCAACCCGAUUCCCACUGCGAUCACCUCCCCCAAUGUCAGGCAAUAUGAUGUCACCUACUUCCGCAGGUGGCUUUGUGCGUCGUGCGGCUCCGGAACCAAACAAGCGCGCCCUAUCUUUGAGACCACCGGGCACGUGCAGAGUGUCAAGAUCAUUCCCGACAAGAAUAGCAAGGGAUUGAACUACGGUUUCGUUGAGUACGACGAUCCUGGUGCCGCUGAACGAGCUAUGGCUACCCUCAAUGGACGCCGUGUGCACCAAUCCGAAAUUCGCGUCAACUGGGCCUACCAAUCCAACAGCAACAACAAAGAGGACACAUCAAACCACUUCCACAUCUUCGUAGGCGAUCUCUCUAACGAAGUAAACGAUGAAGUCCUUCUCCAAGCCUUCUCAGCGUUUGGCUCCGUUUCCGAGGCUCGUGUCAUGUGGGAUAUGAAAACCGGCCGCUCGCGUGGCUAUGGCUUCGUCGCCUUCCGUGAACGUUCUGAUGCAGAGAAAGCUCUCAGCUCCAUGGACGGCGAGUGGCUGGGAUCCCGCGCCAUACGCUGCAACUGGGCCAACCAAAAGGGUCAACCGUCCAUCUCGCAGCAGCAGGCUAUGGCUGCGAUGGGUAUGACGCCCACCACUCCCUUCGGGCACCAUCAUUUUCCCACACAUGGAGUGCAAAGUUAUGAUAUGGUUGUUGCGCAAACGCCGCAGUGGCAGACCACUUGCUACGUUGGCAACCUUACGCCGUACACGACGCAAAAUGACCUUGUGCCUUUGUUUCAGAAUUUCGGUUACGUUGUUGAGACGCGCUUCCAGGCUGAUCGCGGGUUUGCUUUUGUGAAGAUGGAUACGCACGAGAAUGCCGCGAUGGCUAUUUGUCAGUUGAGCGGGUAUAACGUUAAUGGACGCCCGUUGAAGUGUAGCUGGGGAAAGGACCGCCCGCCAACAGGGCAGUUUGAAGGAUACUCGCCUCAGCAACAGCAGCAGCAGGCCGGCACGCCAACCUUCAACUCCAAUACCUCGCCUUAUUUCCCGCAAUAUAGCGGGCCGAGCGGUCCUAUGACUCCCCAAGGCGGUGCCGUCCCCUCCCCCUCCUCACGCGGCUGGGACCAACAAUCCGCCCCCUUCGGUGGGCCUGGUGGUCAGGGUGGUUAUGGGGGCCAUGGUCGUGGUGGACAAGGGGGGCAGGGGCAAGCUGGUUGGGGUGGUCAGCCUGGCGGGCCUAAUGGGGGUGUAGUUGGGGGUGGAGGUGUAGGUGUAGGUGUAGGUGGGGGUGGGGGCUUUGGGAAUGGGUUUGGGGGUUAUCAGGGAUGA